AUGGAUGUUGGUGAUGAAGGGGUGUUCGAGGCUUACUAUAGUAUUUAUAAUAACGAAGUGAAAGUGUUCAUGGACCCCUACACGUCCAAUCGAGAUCUAACUGAUUCAUAUGUUCAUGUCAAUAGUAAGGUGAAAUGGCUUGAAGAUGAGAUGCAAGAAGGUCGCUACUACGAAUCUUCAAGUGAGGACGAGAAUGGCGAACCGAAUGAUAAAUCAAAUGAUGAUAGAUGUAUGGGCUCACUUUGGACAACACAAGAGAAGCAAACGUUUUUCCACUUUUUAUCACGAUACUCUAUUCAUCGAUUAGAUGAUUGGUAUUGGCAACUGCCGACUAAAUCAAAAUUUGAGAUUAUUACCUACUAUGAGGUCCUGCGUGCAAAUCUUGAUGAAUUGAAGAGGUUAAAUACCAAAAAACAUGGGGGAAUACUUGCCAAGAAACACUUUCCGAUUGCAUAUGAGAUGGACGACUUUUUCAUCGACUUUGAAGAAGAAAUGUGUAAUAAGCUUAUGAUUAGGAACGCUGUAGGUGAGGAGGCUACGUCUCGAAGUGAUUCUAUGGAUUUGAUAAAUUUAGAAAACUGGCAAAAAAGAUGGGAUUCCAUCUACUCAAAGCACGGAUUAACAGAGUACCAUCCUGCUUGUAGAAUUCCUCCACAGCUUCCAGAAGAUGCUCUUCAGUAUUUACUACACUGUGUGGAAUCUUACACACGCAAACUUCUAUGGUAUGUGGUACUUCCAAACUUGGAAGAGAAAUACCUUCCAACAGGUCUUUUGGAUGAUCAAGAUCGGUUCUUCGAUGAACUGGGAAAAAUUAUUGAGCAAAAGAAUACUACUGGGAAUUGUAUUGCUAUGGAAAUAACAGAAGACGAAGUAAUAGCAGAAUCAGCCAAAAAAGAGCUACCGCAUGUGGUUUCAAAGGAAGACGUCUCUCGGGCAAUUACCGCCAUGCGGCAUGAAGGCCAUUUCGCCCCAACGCUUGCUGACAGCGUCAUCACAUCUUUGAAUAAGUUUAACCUAAAAUACGAGAGUGGAAAGUUGUUCAAGAGCAAAAGCGUUGCGAUGGGCGUGGUUCCAGCUGUAAUUGCCAAAGCUGAAAGUGCGGCCUGCUUUCUCAAACCUUGCAACUAUUCCCAGAUCAAAACGGACCUACAGCCGCUCAACACUAUUCACAAACGGCUCUACAAUAUGAACCACAAAAACCGGAAUUCAACGUCUUUCAUUCAAGAUGAUACCUACAAUCAGCUUGACAACCCUCUGGAAACACUCUUAUGUAAAUUAGAGGAGCAGCAUCUGGAGGAGAAAGACAUGUAUGACUCUUGCAUAUAUCAGCAUAUUCUAUUACAAUACCUGAGUGGAAACUCACAUCAACCAGUGCACUUAGAGGAGCCAGCUUCCCCCGAUUUGUCUGCGACUCCGAUUACGCCUGCCAUCUUCGAGGAGUUUCAAUUUGAGUGA